AUGACCCCUCCCAUCACCCCCGACGGCGCGGCAUACGGCACCGUCUCCAAGGACGCUUACCCGCUGCCCCCAAGAUGUCCGGUCACCCCCACACCUCAACCCAACACCGCGGCGGCGUACGUGCAGCAACAAGUGCAGCAACAAUACGCCCCGUUUGUACACCAACACGCGACGGGUCACAACCUGGCCUAA